AAAUUUCCCUAACUCGUUACUCAUCUCAUCACCGCCUCUUCAUCCCUAGCGGCGGCUCAGCUCGGAGCAGCGGGCGAAAAAGGCCGACUCUCUCCGGAGAUUGCUCUUCUUUGCAUCCCUUCUACUCAUUCGCUCGAUCUGCGCUUUGAGAAGAUGGCUGAGGUCGCGAGUACUGUCGUACACGAAGUGUUAGGUCGAAGAGCUCAGGACGUCGAUCAGCCGAUCAUCGACUAUAUCGUCAAUGUCCUCGCCGAUGAAGACUUCGAUUUCGGCGAAGAAGGAGAAGGCGCUUUCGAGGCCAUCGGGGAGCUUCUGGUCGAUUCCGGCUGCGUUAGCGAUCCUUCUGAAUGUCGUCUGGUUUGUGGUAAGCUAUCUGAAAAAUUUGGCAAGCAUGGGUUGGUGAAGGAUAAACCAACCGUGAGAAGCCUUGCGACACCACUGAGAAUGUAUGAUGGAAUGGAUGAGGAGGAAGCUCCAAAGAAGAAACCAGAGCCGAUAGACGGCCCUGUAUUGACUGAACGAGACAAAAUGAAGCUUGAAAGAAGGAAGAGGAAGGAGGAACGCCAAAGGGAGGCACAAUACCAAAUGCAUUUAGCAGAAAUGGAAGCUGCCAAGGCCGGAAUGCCUGUUGUAUGUGUAAGUCAUGGUGACGCACCAGCUGUCAAGGAUAUCCAUAUGGAGAACUUCAAUGUCUCGGUGGGUGGUCGGGAUCUUAUUGUUGAUGGUACUGUGACACUUUCAUUCGGAAGACAUUAUGGUCUGGUGGGAAGAAAUGGAACAGGGAAAACAACUUUCCUUCGCUAUAUGGCUAUGCAUGCUAUUGAAGGUAUUCCUAGUAACUGCCAGAUAUUACAUGUGGAGCAGGAAGUGGUUGGUGAUGAUACAAUAGCAUUGCAGUGUGUUCUUAAUGCUGAUCUUGAAAGAACUCAGCUUUUGGAAGAAGAAGUUCGUUUACUUGCAUUACAGAGAGAAUUGGAGAUGGAUUUUGAAUCUGGAAAGAUUAAAGAGGAGAUAAAAGCAGGGAUGGACAAAGCUGCUAUUGUGCAAAGGCUUCAAGAGAUAUACAAGAGGCUUGAGCAUAUUGAUGCUGAUUCUGCUGAGGCACGAGCAGCUUCCAUUCUUGCUGGUCUCAGUUUCUCUACAGAUAUGCAGAAGAAGGCUACAAAGACCUUUUCUGGAGGAUGGCGAAUGCGAAUAGCACUUGCCCGUGCAUUAUUUGUUGAGCCUGAUAUAUUACUACUAGAUGAACCCACGAACCAUCUUGAUCUUCAUGCUGUCCUCUGGCUGGAAGCUUACCUUGUGAAAUGGCCCAAAACGUUUAUAGUUGUUUCUCAUGCUAGAGAAUUCUUAAACACGGUAGUCACAGAUAUUCUUCAUCUGCAUGGACAAAAACUGAGUGCAUAUAAAGGAAACUAUGAUGCCUUUGAGAGGACCAGAGAAGAGCAGCUUAAGAACCAACAGAAAGCAUUUGAGUCAAGUGAACGUGCAAGGUCCCAUAUGCAGUCUUUUAUUGACAAGUUCCGCUACAAUGCAAAGCGUGCAUCUCUAGUCCAGUCAAGAAUUAAGGCAUUGGAUCGUAUGGCUCAUGUGGAUGCAGUUGUUAAUGACCCUGACUACAAGUUUGAGUUCCCAAGUCCAGAUGACAGACCAGGUCCACCUAUAAUAAGUUUCAGUGAUGCAUCUUUUGGAUAUCCAGGGGGACCGACAUUGUUUAAGAAUUUGAAUUUCGGGAUAGAUCUUGACAGCCGCAUAGCAAUGGUUGGUCCAAAUGGUAUCGGGAAAUCAACAAUUCUCAAAUUAAUUGCGGGGGAGCUCCAGCCAAGCUCAGGAACAGUUUUCCGUUCAGCUAAGGUUCGGAUUGCUGUGUUUAGUCAGCAUCACGUUGACGGGCUUGACCUAUCUUCAAAUCCCCUUCUAUAUAUGAUGCGCUGCUUCCCAGGGGUGCCCGAACAGAAGCUUCGUGGUCACUUGGGUUCUUUUGGCAUAACUGGGAAUCUUGCUCUUCAGCCCAUGUACACAUUAUCUGGUGGUCAGAAAAGCAGAGUUGCAUUCUCGAAGAUAACUUUCACGAAACCUCACAUUCUCUUGCUUGAUGAGCCAUCAAAUCAUCUUGAUUUGGAUGCUGUGGAGGCGCUAAUUCAGGGGCUUGUUCUGUUCCAAGGAGGGGUUCUGAUGGUAAGUCACGACGAGCAUCUUAUAUCUGGAAGCGUGGACCAGCUGUGGGUGGUUUCUGAAGGGACGGUGAACCCCUUCAACGGGAUGUUCCAGGACUACAAGAAGUUACUUCAAUCCGCCUAGAACGAAAGAAUUACAGUGCAUUGUUUGCUCGGUUAUGAUGUAUAAGAGAGCUCCUUGGGAAUAUUCCCGAAUAUAAAGAAAUGCAGUAGAGCUAAUUAUAUUUAUAUACACCCACAUACACAUACAGCAAGCAGCAAGCAGCUUCGAUUCUGUAAUUUUGAGUUAAGAAAUGUUACGGCGGGGGGGAAGCUUUUUUAUGCAAUGCCAAAUUGUUUG